GCACAGCUGAAAGUCAGCAUCAUCACCACUCCUCCCAGUAGGAAGGGCGCAUCCCGGAUAGCUAGCUGGCUAGCUGUACUCAGCACAACGAUGGCAGUUAAUCUCAGCAAAAAUGGACCCGCAUUAACAGCUGCAUAUAAAGAAGUGGUAGAUGAAAAAUCCAACACCAACUGGGCCUUGUUCACCUAUGAGGGAAACAGUAAUGAUAUCCGCCUGGCAGAAAAAGGGGAUGGAGGACUCGAGGAGCUGGUUGAGGAACUCAACAGUGGAAAAGUGAUGUACGCUUUCUGCCGGGUCCAGGAUCCAAAUUCUGGCCUGCCUAAAUAUGUCCUCAUCAACUGGACUGGGGAAGGAGUGAAUGACGCCAGGAAAGGAAUAUGUGCAAAUCAUGUCAGCUCCAUGGCCAAUUUUCUCAAGGGGGCCCAUGUCACAAUAAACGCCAGAGCAGAGGAGGAUGUGGAGCCCGAGGCGAUCAUGCAAAAAGUGGCUAAAGCCUCUGGAGCCAACUACAGUUUCCACAAAGAAGCUUCCAGCCGCUUCCAGGACAGCGGUCCUCAGGGCCCUGUGGGCUCAGUGUACCAGAAGACCAAUGCUAUGUCAGAAAUCAGAAAGACCAAUAAAGACAACUUCUGGGCACAGGCAGAGAAAGAAGAGGAGAAGCGUCGGCAAGAGGAGCGGCGCAAGGCCGAGGAGGAGCGCCAGAAACUGGAGAGAGAGAGGAAAGACCGAGAGGCCAAGGAGGCAGCGCUGAGGGACCAAAGGGACAAGGAGAGGGCCUCUCAAAUCGAGCAACAAAAGAGGUACCAGCAACAGCAGGAGGCUGAGAGUAGAGAGCCGGAGAAACCGCGCUGGGAGGAGCAGGAGGAGAACCAGGCAGCCCAGAGGAAAGCAGUCAGGAGAGGUGAAUCUGUGGAGAAGGCCAACGAGGCGGCUUCCCUCAUCUCUCAGCGUGCUGUGAAUCCCAGAGAGAUGUUCAAGCAGAGAGAGAGGGGAAUAACUCCCAGUGACUCAGACGUCCCCUCUGCUGCCCCUGCCAGCCCCCAGCCAGGGCGUCUGCAAAGCCCUUUUCUGUCUAAGCAAGCGUAUGAAUCUGAGCGAGCCAGCUCACCUCAGCGCCAAGCUUCGCCUGUACCAGCAGGCUCCGCCUCUCCUGUCCGUGCCACAGAGCCUGAUGUGGAUGAUGGACAGUCCAGGUGUGAGUAUGAUGAGCAGGAGGCGGCCCCCCAGGAGCAGUGGAAAGAGGAGGCACCGGCUGCCAACUCCUACGUCCAGGAAGCGGCUUAUGAAGAACCCGCUCAGGUGGUGGAGGAGAAUAACUCAUACGAGGUGACUGCUGGGGAGACCUCAGACAGAGGCACCUGUGCCAGAGCCUUAUAUGACUACCAGGCUGCUGAUGACACAGAGAUCUCAUUCGAUCCCGACGACAUCAUCACUGGGAUCGAGAUGAUAGAUGAGGGCUGGUGGCGAGGCUAUGGCCCAGACGGCCAUUUUGGAAUGUUCCCAGCCAAUUACGUGGAGCUGAUCUAGCCCAGCGCAGUCCCUCCCCCACCCCACCGCCACCCGCACAGAUCAUCACACUGGCAGCCCCAGAGGACCUCUUGCUGUAAAACAGCGUACAGCAAAGUCAGUCCUCGCAAACAAGUGAUCAGGCUGAAAUGGAGCAAAUGAGCCUCCACAUCACGGACCAAUGAGCAGAUGGUAAUCGUGGGCCAGAGCCUUUUGAAAUCUUUCCACAUUUCAAGAAAGCAAUUCCAUUAAAUUAUUGAUGUUGUAAGCAGCUGAUGGCAUAGUCUAGGGAUUUGUGAAGACCCAUAGGCUGACCAAAACUACCCCCCCCCUCUUUACCUAUAAAUGUGAUGCAGUACAAUAUCAGCCUUUGUUAAGUCUUAAAUUCAAUAGAGAGCAUUAAUGGCACUUCUAGUUCACAUUCCUUACAAAGUGACUUCAGUUCUAUUUCAGGUAUUAUUUUGUUGUUACUUGUAGCAAAUGCUCCUGUACAUUUCAGGAAAAAAAAAAUCAAAGAUGGUGGUACCAGCUACAGUAUAAUCUUUUGCCUUGUUUUUGCCUUUCUUUACCGGCAGACUGAAUUUUCCUUUUUCUUUUUUUUAAUGUGAUUGAACUUACAUCCUGUGUGAAUUUCAAACCCUGUUUUAGUACUGAUCUGACUGUGGUUGACGUGACUAUUUAAAAAAAAAAAAAAAAAAAGAUUAUAUUUGCUGUGCUCCAGGUGGUUGAGCUGUUGUGGGGAA